AUGGGGAUAACGGACGCAGAUUUGUACAAUGCCAAUAGCAAUGGACUGGCAGGAAUAAAUGAUAUACCGGAUGCUACCAGAAUAGUUUUAGCUAUUUUAUUUUUCUGCAUUGCAGUUGUUGGGCUUGCAGCGAAUUCAGCUAUUAUUCAUACAUUUCGCAAAUCGUCGACGUUACAGACACCGUCAAAUGUUUUGAUCGUUGGCUGCGUCAUGUGUGACAUCACAAUGAUCUUGAUUGGAUAUCCGUUUGUGAUAGCUUCAAAUUUCCAUGGCAACUGGUUGUUUGGUGCUGCGUGGUGUCAGGGCUACGGUUUCGUUGUUACACUGCUGGGAGUUUCCAGCAUUUGUAUUCUUACAGCGGUUGCCAUUGAUCGCUAUUUUGUCAUCACAGAGUCACCAUUUGCGAAGAAAAUCACUACGUUUAAAGCUGCGAUGACCAUUUUAUCAUGCCUCGGAUAUGGGUUGCUUUGGGCAACAUUUCCACUGGUUGGCUGGGGAAGAUUUGUUGUAGAACCAGGUGGAAUGUCUUGUGGACCUGAUUGGGCUAAUCAUGCAUCGUCACCUCAGUCGUACGCAAUAGCAAUCUUAGUGCUGGUGCUGUUGUUGCCCGUUACUAUUAUUGUUUUCUGUUAUCUACGCAUUUUCGUCACGGUACAGAAGAAAAGCGGACAGGGAGAUGAGUUUGCUGCAAGAACAAGGUCGACGGAGGUGAACGUCGCGUUCUCGUCCUUUCUCAUUAUUACGUCUUUUCUGGUCGCCUGGGCUCCAUAUGGUGUGAUGUCAGUAUGGGUCAUGUUGAAUGAUGUAAAUCAACUCCCGCAAUCCGUAGCAAUGUUCGCACCUUUGUUAGCCAAGUCAGCUAGCACAUGGAACCCACUUGUAUAUGUAGGCAGGAGUAAGCAGUUUCGACAGGCCUUUGUGAAAAUCAUAUUCCGACGUAUAUGCACUAACAGAGUCAACGUGACAUCCGUUUCGGUUGAACCAACACAGGGCCCGUCCAGCAGCUCGGGCGUGUAA